UCUCUGCAGCCCAGCCCAACAGAGCAAGUCUGGGGUGGGAAGGGAUGGGGGAGCGACAGGAACAGCAGCCUCCUUACGAGGGGAUAUGCCAGUAUGCCCAGAAAAUCACAUCCUGCUUCGGACUGGACGUGGCUCAUGCUCAGGACGCACACCCCCCCACAGAGAAGCCAGUGAUCCAGUGCUGUAAGUGUGGUGAGCCAUGCAGGGGAGAGGUCCUGCGUGUGCAGUCCAGGCACUUCCACAUCAAGUGCUUUACCUGCAAAGUGUGUGGCUGUGACCUGGCCCAGGGGGGGUUCUUCAUGAAGAACGGAGACUACCUGUGCACCCUGGACUACCAGCGCAUGCACGGGACCCGCUGUAAUGGCUGUGGGGACUUUGUGGAAGGGGAGGUGGUCACUGCACUGGGGAAGACCUACCAUCCCACCUGCUUUGUCUGUACACUCUGCAAACGGCCGUUUCCUGCGGGCGAUCGAGUCACCUUUAAUGGGAAAGACUGCCUGUGUCAGCGCUGCGUACAGCCUAUGUCUCCAUCUCCCAAAGACAUCACCAGCUCUAGCAAUUGUGCUGGCUGUGGCAGAGACAUUAAGAAUGGCCAGGCUCUGUUGGCACUGGAGAGACAGUGGCACCUGGGCUGCUUCAAGUGCAAAACCUGCGGGAAGGUCCUGACUGGGGAGUACAUCAGCAAGGAUGGCUCUCCAUAUUGUGAGAAAGAUUACCAGAUACAUUUUGGGGUGCAGUGUGAGGCCUGUCACCAGUAUAUCACAGGGAAGGUUCUAGAGGCGGGAGACAAACACUACCAUCCCAGUUGUGCACGAUGCAGCAGGUGCAACCAGAUGUUCACAGAAGGAGAGGAAAUGUACCUGCAAGGAUCCACAGUGUGGCAUCCAGACUGUAAGGACAACACCAGGGCAGAGGAGAGACACAGGACGUGCCAGCACCCAAGGGCUAAGCCGUCCCCCUUUGACAUUUUUUUCCCCGUGGUCCCAAGUCAGCGUCAGCAUCAGCCGCGGUUCCAGUUCAUUCCCCCCUCGAUAGCCAACAUCCACAAAACAGAAAGGCAGCCGACGAGGUCGUCGUCCGAGAGUAUUUGUUCCCGACCUGGUUCAAGCAUACCUGGCUCACCGGGUCAUACCAUCUAUGCAAAAGUAGACAAUGAGAUCCUUGACUACAGAGACUUAGCAGCCAUCCCCAGAGUCAAGGCCAUUUAUGACAUUGAGCGCCCAGAUUUGAUUACCUAUGAGCCCUUUUACAGCACAUCGCUGGAAGAGAAACAGGACAGGCAGAGUGUGGGAGAGCCUGUGACCUCCAGACGAGAGAGAUCGCCCCAACUGGACCAAUGUCCCCCCAGCACCAGUAGAGACAGCUCACCCAGGCGCAGUGAAACACCGCAGACCCCUAGACCUGACCACUCCCCCAUUCUGGAGGAGAGAUCUCCACGGACACUCUCUCCCACACCCUCUGCAGAAGGUUGCUAUGAUCCAAGAGACCGCAUCAUUCAGAGAUCCACCAGCCAGGGCUCCAUUGGCUCACCCGUAUACAAUCGCCAUAGUUACACACCCACCCUGUCACGGUCGCCGCAGCACUUCCACAGACCGGAGCCGCUGACAGGAAUGCAGAAGCUCUGCUCCUCCUUACGCGGUGGCCCCGCCCACAAUGACUCCCGCCCCACCUCCCCUUUCCGUCACCACUUCAUGCCCCAUAACAAAGAUUCCUUCUACUUAGGCAAUGAGCCGUCCAGUGGUCGGAACUCCCCUCUCCUCUCUCGGUCAGACAGCCGCCCGGUCACCCCAACUCUCUCUUUGAACCCUAAACAUUUCCAUCUCCCAGAUCAAGGCACCAACAUUUACAGGAAACCUCCGAUCUACAAGCAGCACGAUUCAGCUGCAAUGGCUGCACAAAGCAAGUCUGCCGAUGACAUCAUCAAAUCCGCCAAGUUCCCAGCAGCCUACGCUCCUGGCCCGGACCAAACACCAAAGAUUGAGACAGACUACUGGCCCUGUCCACCCUCCCUUGCUGCAUUAGGUUCAGAUGGGAGGCGUCGCUCACGGGAGGAGGAAGAGGAGGAGCUUCAGAAAAGGAGACAGCUUCAGGAGGAGCAUCUCAACAAGAUCCAGUCUGGUUUGGGGAAGCUGAUCCUGAAGGAGGAGAUGGAGAGGGAGCUGAACCGGGAGCGCUACACCCGAAGUGUGUCCGCCCAGCGCUGUGACCCCCAGUACACCAACUGUACCGCAGACCCCAGCUCCCCAUCAUCCAAAACAUCUUCGUUGCCUGGAUAUGGAAGAAACGGGCUCCAUCGGCCCCAAUCAACAGACUUCACCCAAUAUAACAGCUAUGGGGACGUGUGUGGAGGGGGAAGAGAGUUCAAGCCCAUUCAGGAUGGCCGCGAACCCAUAUCCAGAAUGGACAGGGGAGUAUCUAUGCCUAAUAUGUUGGAACCAAAAGUAUAUCCAUAUGAAAUGCUCACCAUCACCAGCAGAGGGCGGGCUAAGCUCCCUAGGGAUGUGGACAGAACCAGGCUGGAGCGUCACUUGGCCCCAGAGAUGUUCUUUGAUAUAUUUGGAAUGGAGAUUCAGGAGUUUGACCGACUCCCUCUGUGGAAACGUAAUGAUAUGAAGAAAAAAGCCAAGCUGUUCUAACCUCUAUUACAUUCACCAUGCAUGAUUUACUUUAUACUCAAACUCCGCCUGUCACUCCUCUAUUGUAAUAUACAUGUAGAGAUUGCUUUGGUUUGGUUUUUCCUCUCGCAGUUACCAGCAGAAUCCCUGCACAAUUAAACUGUAUUUCUUUUUGCUUCUAACACAAAGCUACCCCACAUCCACCCACUCCUACCCCUAUUGAGAUACUAGACGUAGAGUUAACCACAUGUAAAGGGGUAAAAAAAGGAAAAAGGUGUACAUUAAUGCUUAUUAGGAAGGAGAGGAAGAUACUCCCUUUGUUGGCCUGCUGUUUUUAAAGGGGUUUAAAUGGAGCUCUUCCUUUCACUGCAGUUCUAAUGAAACAGGGCCUCUGGGUGUCAGUGGGGUUCUUACACUAAAAUACAUCCCCCCCCCAACCCCCUACCGCUUGCACUAAUGAGAGCUUCCAACUGCUGGAGGAGCGCAGUAAUGACGUGGGGGGUAGUCAGGGGGGAAGGGCUGGGAUAGGGGCUGAUUGGCUCCUAAUGCGAGGGGAAAUGGAGAGCCCAGCAUUAUUACCUGCCCCAGGGAUAUUCACUGGAAAAAAUUAACCCAGGGAAAGGGUUCAGUUGUACAUGCUGAGCGUUCAUAGAUCAGGCUCUGAUGUAUGGUGUCAGAUUCAUCCCCAGAUUUUUCAUUUAAAAAUGCUUUUCAACCUUUAUUUUGCCUGAUUAACUAGGGUUAGUUCAUUUCAAUCACACAUUAUGUUAAAUAUAUUUAGAUAACGUGUUUAUCGUUUUCUCAGAGAUUAAGCCUAUAUACCCUGUAAAAUCUCCACAUUGGCGGCUGCGAUUUGGUGGAGUCUGGCUGCAACUGUGGAGAAUCACCACUAGAGGUCAGACCUGAGUCAUGUCUGUUUAUGCUGAUCUGCCUGAAAGGCAAGCUUGUUUUCGUUUUAUUUUUUGGAUGCGCUGUUGUCACCAUCUUACACAAGAUACAACUUAAUGACUUGUGUUCUUCCUCCAUGUCAUUGUAAAACAAUCAGUCCCCAUUUAAGGUCCACAAUCUCAACAAACACACACAGUACAUAUAUACCAAAUGUCACCUUUAAGCAAAUAGACUAACAUUAAGAAAGAAUUACAGUUGUUAUGACUGUGUUUUAUAUAUGAAGUUCAAACUGCCAUUUUGUUGUAUAAAUAAAAGUAAAAACACUGCUUUGGGUCACUUUGUAAGCAGCUACAUUAAAGGCUCAACCCCUCCCUUCAAUGUGCAUUUUUAGAGAUAACAUGAUUAUCUACCACCAGGCCUAAAUAAAUAGUCAAAUAACCAGGUAGUAUUCCUUCAAAGAUAUGCUGUGUGCUGAGAAUUAUGGGAUGUUGCUGCUGGGGACACUUUCAGCAGGUUCCGUGGGACCAAUUGGGGCACCGGUUACCAUGGCAAUCUUGGACCUGUAACCAAUCAGCGAAGAAGCCUUUGCUGUGUUUGUAAAUAGAUACUCGAUAAACACGAUGUCACAACUCCCUCAGCGACGUUUUUUGAUGAAACCCCUUUGUACGCUCAGAGUUCUUAUGCAGAUUAAAUGCGCUCUUGCCCUUAAAAAAAUACAAUUCUUUGUAACACAAGAGUAAUGUAUUUGGAAAAAAAAUGUUUUAGCAGUUAAGGAAUAUUGUAAUCCACCUAUCAUAUCAAAUGAAACAGAACAGAGAUUGAGUUUUGAUAUGCAUAAUUACCAACCUUUUCUGUCUUUUGGAAGAGAGACUUUAAUGAUGUAUCAGUGCUACUGAAUAAUAAAGAGCAGCCAUUCA